AUGGGGGACUCUCCUAUUCGACGACUGUCCACCACCAGCUCAAACAGUAGCCUGAAGCGAGAAGAGAAUCUCAUCAAUGCCUACGAAGCGGAGGAAGAACGGAUCAUCAACGUAUUGUCCCGCAAACUCGAGCAGCUUCGUGAGGAGAAAAUCCAACUCGAAAACGCGCUCGAAGCAGAGUCGGAAUCUCAUGUGAAUAGGCUUGGUCGGGAAUUGUCUGCACUACGGCUUCAGCAGCAGCAACAACAGCAAUCUGGGACGAAUGGGAUCACCGCUUCCCCAGAUAACAGGGUGGGAGUUCCGACGUUUAUGGCUGGUCGAGAACCUAUGAUUCCAAGUGCAGAAGUCAUGCUGGAAACCAUGAGACGAGAGAACGAGCAAUUGCGCAACCGCCUAGUCGAUACAGAAAGAGACUAUGUGCGGGUAUCACGGUUAAACGAAGUGUAUCGUGAAGAGCUCCUUGAACACAGGAGACGGCUCGGUCUGUCAGUCGACAACCUUGUCGGUCUGUCCUCGGCAGACCCGUAUUCGCAGCCUACGCAUCGGCGAUCUGUAUCUAAUCUAUCAUCGCCCAGCACAUCUGCGACACAGCCUUCGCAAGCAAUCUAUGGUGUCCCUAUCCCUCGACCUUCCUCUUCGAUACGGCGCCCAACGAACAAUGUGUCAGAAAGCAAUACACCGUUAUCGCAUUCUCCUUCCUCGACAGAGUCACCAUUCCCAUUCUCGCCUAUUGUCGGAACAAAUCCUACAAGUUAUGUCAGUAAUGGGACGCCUAUGACGACGCCACCAUCGUCUGCUUCGUUAACGUCAAAUCCUCCAUCAACGUUCACUAUUCCUCAUAUGUUGUCCUAUCCCUCAGUGCCACCACCAUCACUGUCUUCUUCAUACGGGUCGCCUGUGGUGUCAUACAUACCGCAUCGCGACCACUCACUGUCACCUGUGGUCCCUCUAAGUAGGCGCGGUUCGAACGCACGAGGAAACAUUGAGCGUCGCUUCGUGGACCCAGUAGGUAUCAGCAAUAAUAGGAGUCGGAGCAGACACGGGAGCAUUGAAAGGGGUGCACGCGUUGCGGAGACAGGGCGAUUGAUUCCUCGCUCUCGCCGUGAGAGUCAAAGCAUUUCAGCCACGUCAUCAGAUGUAUCUGCGACAGUGGAGGAACGCGUCGGGGGGCAUCGCCCCUUUUUUUCAAUGUCUUACCAAUACCCAUACACCCAAGGAAAUAUGACAAUGCCCCCAACGCCCACAACACCAUAUUCAUGGGAGACAACAGAACUCGACAACAACAUUCCAGAGCAACUUGAUCAUCAUCAGCCUGCUCAACGCGCUUUGAAUCCACAGCAACAGCCUCAAAAUGUAUACGCCACGUCACAGCAUAUGAUUGAGCUUCAAGAACACGUACCCAUUGUUCCGAGUCAACGCAGAAGUGAUGUCCCACAGCAACUGCAUGUAUCAUCAGCGCCAGGACCUUCAAGAAGACAGAAUGUCAUGUCUGGGUCCCAAGAAAUGAGACCUCACAUAUACGUUGACACGACGCGUCAUAUGGCAGCUAGCACUAGUCCCCCUUCUGGCCCAUCAUCUGCUAGUGGUGUGCAUUCAGUGGGACCAGUGCGAGCGAAAACAUCGCCCGUACACAAUAUGGGGCAUCCAUAUCGUCGCCCCCAGAGUGCGAACCCAAGACGAGAGAAUCAAUCAAAUCCACCUGUGAGACAUACAAGUAGCAGUUAUGCACCAGGUCCGUCGAUGCCAACAGCCCAAACACCCGCUCCUGCUUCAUUACACAGGACCGGCAUCAUCAGCCCAUCCCACAUCAUCCCACCCAUACCAUCCAAUACGACUUUUAUACCCAGAGCCGAUUACUUCUUUUGCAGCGAGAGUAGAGUGACCACAGCAAUGUUUGAACUUCCAGGAGUGAAGAAGAGCGACCUGAAGAUCGAGUUAUCAAGAUGCCAGAACGGUGUGAAACAGGUGUCAAUCACAGGAGAAUCCCGACAGCCACUUCCAGACGGUCUGAUGGCGCUCAAAGAACGAAAGUAUGGCAAGUUUCGCAGGAUACUUCCCGUUCGUCAUGAUACCAAGAAGGAAGAUGUCACCGUCGCUUUAGAGGACGGUGUUCUUAUUCUUCGCAUACACCUGGGGCCACCGCCCCAGCCUGAGGAGCCAGAAAUAAUUCCUAUACCAUGAAUGAGCCUGACUUCAAGUUCUAUCAAGUCCUCCAUCGUGCGCCAAUUGUUCCGGCAAGAGCAAUACGACGUCAGAUACCUUCAAGUUGUUUUCUCCGCCUUGCUAACACAUCUAGCUUUCAAAAUUAUGCAUACACUUGCACUGUCGACUUGCUUUGAUCAUUUUGCUGUCAUCGUUCGGCCUUGAAGUUCUCAGAUCCGUAACGAUUGUUACAUUUUGGCUUCCAUAGUCUAGUAUAAUACACAUACAUAUCUCACACUCACUGUAGCAACAUAGUAGUAUGUUUCUUGCAAUGAUACCAUACAGCCAUAUCUUGAUAUCGAUGUUUUAUGUAUCGCUUGAUGGACAGCUUAUGCGCGGC